UCAUAUGGCAUAGACAAUAACAUGUACAAUUUAGAAGUCUCUGGAAACAAGCUAACUACUCUUUUAUUUACAUCGGAUGUGACUGUAGAUUGCUGUCAAAAUGAGUGAAACACCUUCCACUAGUUACUCAGUGAAUCAGCCAAACUCCUCCGAGAGUGAACAGAGUUUAUCCACGCGCCAUUUCAAUGUUACUGAACCUGUUGUGGCAAAACGGAUCUGUUUCUAUAAAAGUGGAGAUCCUCAGUUUAAUGGGAUCAAAAUGGUCAUUAAUACCCGGUCUUACAAAACAUUUGAUGCCUUGCUGGAUAGUUUAUCCAAACGGGUCCCAUUACCCUUUGGAGUAAGGAAUAUUAGCACACCGAAAGGGAGGCACAGCAUCACCAAUUUGGAGGAUCUUGAAGAUGGAAAAUCCUAUAUUUGCUCCCAUCAGAGGAAAAUGAAACCCAUCAACCUGGAACAGGCUAGCAAAAAGCCACUGCCCUGGCAGAUCAGUAGACCUGUCAGCGCUCGUCGAGCUGUGCAAUUAGCAAGGGAGAAUGAAGAUGGAUUUGGUCAUCGAGAAAGCAAAAUAACAACUCCCAAAAAGAUGCUUGUUUUCAAAAAUGGGGAUGUAAGACUCAGGCGCACCAUAGUUCUGGGAAAGAAAAACACGCAAACCUUCGAGGCCUUUCUGGAUUAUAUGAGCGAGUUAAUGCAAUAUCCGGUUGUGAAACUGUAUACCACUGAUGGCAGAAAGGUUCCUAAUCUUCAGGCCCUGAUAUUGUGCUCUGGAGCUGUAGUUGCAGCAGGGAGAGAGCCUUUUAAACCAAGCAAUUAUGAUUCUCUUGGGUAUUCACGGCCUACUAAAUUGCUUGGAAUUGCAAAUCGUGUAUACCCAAAAGCAAAUGCCAAGUCAGAAAGUGAAAAUACGAGAGCUGAAAUGGGCUCUAGCUCAAGAUCUCAGAUAUUCUCAGUUUCUUCUGACAAAGGGUCCAGCAAUGAUAACUCAAAUGACAACAACUCAGAUUCUUCCUAUGUUCCUGACAGUCGUAAUGGUAUAGAAGGAAAUCAGUCAGUUACUGGUGAAGAAUUAUGUGUGGCACAGUAUGAAGAUGACAUAGAGAAAUCUGUUCACCUUAAUCAAGAUGGCAGUAUCACAGUGGAAAUGAAGGUUCGAUUCAAAAUUAAAGAGAAAGAAACCAUUAAGUGGACAACCACUGUAAGUCGUGCUGGCCUUUCUGAUGACAAAAAUACCACCAUUUGCAAUUCUGCAACACAUGUGGAGGACUGCUUAUCCAAUGUGAAUGAAUCAGAACAUAUAAAACGAGAAGGUGCUCCAUUUUUGAGGAGCUACAGUAAAGAAGAGGGAGACUCGUUAGAGCAAUUCAAUGCAGAAGUGUCAGACAAAGAAUCAGAGUCUGAUUUAAAAACUGCUGGUUGUAAUAGCUGUAAGAAGAACAGUUCUACAGACCUAGACGUAAGCAAUGACCCUGAGGAUAAUGUCAAGCCUCGCUUUUACAGGCCUCCCACGCCUGGGCCAAGGCGUGUUAGACAAAAGAAAGCAGUAGUUGAAAGUGUCACCUUGGUAUCUGAGAAAGAGGUUCAGGAGAAGACAAUAGGACAAUUUUCCUACAGUGAGGAAACACAGGAUGGAGAAAAUAAAUCUGAAUAUUGCAUGGUAGCUCAUUCAAGCACCAAAAAAUCAAGUGUCAGUAAUCCAAAGAUCAGUGAGAUGAGUGACAAUGAUUUAUUAAAGCUUUCUUCAGAGAAUAUAAAAGAAGAAAUGUUUUUUAAAGUAAGUCACAAAAGUAAUGAUUUAAUAGAAACUACAAAUAGGAAGACAUUCGAAGUAUCUGAUGAGGAUGAAUCGAUACAGAAUAUAAUAGAGAAAUCAGUUGUGGAACACUGUGCAUAUAAUAGUUUAGUAUCAACCUGCAAAGCGAACAUCAGUGGUUUCACACCAUCGUCAAAAAUUUACCCCGUGGCCAGGCCAGGUUCAGCAGACCACAUCCAUGAGUCAUGUGGUAUUAAACAAAUAAAAAGAUCACUGAGUUCUUUCAUUAGAUAUUCAGAAUUAUGUCAGUCAAAAGAAGAAACAAAAUGCAAAGCUGCUGAUUUAUUACCUAUUUCUCAAGAUUCAGUGCAUUCAGCCUGUCCCAGACAUAGAGAGAUGAAAAUGGUAGUACCUCCAUGUAGUAAAGCUCCUACUGAGCAAAUACAUCCAACAACUGGAUUCUUUCCUACUGUUGCUGAAAGUGAGAAUCAAAUCAAUGUCAGGACUGAAUCUGUGAUGGCAACACAUCUCAUUGAUGACAGCAAAUUUUCUUCGUCCUUCACCAAAAAGAAGAAGAGAAAAUCCUCUAACUUGCUAGAGCAAGGUACAUAUGAAAAUCAGAAUGAUAAUGAAAUUUCAGGGAUAAUUAAAAGUGAGGGAGUGCAUAUCGCAAGCAAAACCACACAGGAUUCCACAACAGAGGCUACGGAUAUUUAUUCUGAAAUGCCUCAGAAAAAAGGAGCGGAGUUUUUUGUAAAAAACAAUGAUGGGUCUGUGAAUUCAGACAAAAGCAUAUGUCCUGAAGAUGAGUUCUAUCACCAGGAGUCAGUGGAACAAAAUGGGCUAUCAUCUAAUAAAAAACCAAGAAGUAGUAACAAGUUGACCAAGGUAAAAUUGAAGUCAGAGAGAGCCAUUACACUAGAGGCUUUAAAACAGGAGGAUUUUCAAGAGGAGGUUGUUGAGCAUGCACUUGAAAACUAUGUCCAAACUUGGCUUAAAAACUUGUCACCAAAUUCUGUCUUACCCCCUAUAAAUAAAACAGAAGAGAAUGUAGAGAAUAGCAAUGUCUGUCUUUUUCCUAAAGAAAAUACUGAUGCUUCUAUAGAUAAAGAAACAAGAUUUAUCACAAAUAAAUUUCAUGUGACUGGAAAAAACCAUCUGAUUGAACACAAUCUAACCAAAAAAACAUUAAAGCCUAUUUGUGAACGGGGAACUUUAAAAGAAUCAGCCAAGGAUUCGGGUGAAAACCAAACUGACUCUUUCAUUCAUGCUAAUACAACUAUAAUAGAAGAAGCCAGGUAUUCACUGAAGUCCGAAUUUCAUCAUGAUGGUAAGCUACACUUGUUUCACAAAACACAUGACAAUGAUAAAAAGACGUCAAAAGUUGAUAUUCAAGAUACCGACCUAUGUCAGAGAAAAAAAUCUGAAGUUGCUGUUCAAGUUGAUUGUGCAACUGUCAAUGAGAAAAUGGGAAUUGAUGUUCAGAACAAUUGCAUGUCUAGCAUGUUGCUGCGUGAACUACAAUCAACUUUGCUUGGUCUCCAGAAAGAACACAGUGGGUGUAUAGGGAAAGCUUGCAACCUUUCAGAUCUUUCUCUUUCAGCUUUUGGUUCUUCCUCCAAUGUUCUCCUAGCUUGGCUGCUGGUACUGAAUCUGAGAGAGAGUUUGGUUGGGGCAAUCAAAGAUGAUAUGCAAAAAACUACCUGUAGCUGUUCUGAAAUAUUUACACAGUUACAAUUUCUGAAACAAACUACGGUCAUGGAAAAAGUUGAUGAACUGAAGGCUGCCUUCUCACAUAUGCAACAAUCAACAGAAAAUAACUUACUACACUUUGAGAGGGAACUCAAAAAGCAGGACUCUACAUAUUGCCAUGAGAAUAUGAAUAUGCCUGUAUCUGAAAUUCAUAAUGGUAUACAUUUGCAUGAAAAUGAAAGAUCAGUUGAGCCUUGUAUUUCAAAGGACAGUGUAAAUUCUGAAGAAGCUCUAAAAUUCACUGGUGAAUUAGAAUGCUGUUUUGAUAUACAGAAAGAUCUUUGUAGAGAAACAGAGACUUUAGACCUGAGUGCUCCCAAAACACAGCUAGAUGGUCAAUAUGCCAAUACUAAUUCAAAUACCUGUAGCCUUGCAUCAGCUAUAGAGCCACCUGAAAGAAAUGAAGAAAUGCCUGAGAGCCUAUAUAAAAAAUCUCAUGACAAAACCACUGAAACAUCAUUCACUAAUGAAGAGUCAGAAACUUCAGUAGAACCUAACUCAACAGUUCAUAGUGUGACAUCUAAUGAUAAAAAUCAUAUUUUAGAUCAGGAUACUUCUGAGUUAGAAGAUGAAAAAGAUAUUAUACAUGUUACUACUGAUAAUAGUGAAGAUGAGAGUGUUGAUCCAAAGUCAGCAGGUAAUGACAAAGAAACAAAUAACCAACAUAAAUUAGCUGCUGAGACCUCUAUAGAAUAUAACAAUGAUGAUUAUUCUGUACAGGAAGACAAGGAAGAUGCAGAAACCUGUGAGGAAACCUCUGAGAGGUUAUCUACAGUCUCUCCAUUAUCAUUUUGUUAUGAAUCAAAGCAAAUUACCGAAUGUGACAUGAGCGGAGAACAGAAAUUGCAAGUAGAAGAACUGGAGAAUGAAAUGUGUUCAGACACUUCUGAAUUAAAAAAAUGCUUAAAAAGUCCUGCUACUUCAGACUGGUCAGAUUACAGACCAGAUACUGAAGAGAGUGAUUAUAACUUUAGAGCAUCUGGUGAUUUGACCAAUGAAAGCGGGGAGGAAGCAGUACUUGAAAAGCAUUACAAUACUGGCUAUGUAAAAAGAACUAUUGAACGACUUUAUGGCAAGACGGAAGCUUCAUUUAAGCCUGACUUUCACAAAGGAUUUCCUUAUAUGUCAAACACACUUCAAAAAGAUACUGAAGAAUUUCACUCUGUAGUGGUGAAAAAAAACAUUUCUUUUUUUCAAGAAUCUAGGUCUUGUUCUGCAGAGAAAUUGUCACAUUCUUCACUACCAUCACAAGAGUUUCCAGUAAACAUAAAUGAAGAUGACACUAUAUUGAGAAGAGAAAAUACUUCUUUGCCAACACCACAGCCUACCCUUAACAGAGAAGAGACAAGUCAUACUAAUGACUGUUCAGGGAAAUCUCCAAAGCAACAUUAUCAAACUUGUGCACAUGCUAAUGAAGAUGAAGGAAUAUUGAUAGAUAAAGGCAAAUGGCUUCUCAAAGAAAAUCAUUUGAUAAGAAGAUCACCACCUGAACGGAUUGGAAUGUAUGGUAAUUUGGAUACAACAUCAACAGACACAGUCCUUGAUACUAACAGUGAUGAUGUUCCAUACUCACACUUUGGCAACCUGAAUCAGUACCCAGUCCUCAAUGAAAUCUCUUCUUCAGAGCUUGAAGACUUGGCUAAACCCUCUGAAAAUUUUUGCAACUACUUCAAUAUACCUCAUAAUAGUGAUUCAGACCCCUUUCAAGAUGACUUAAGCACAAAAAGCAAACCUAGCCGCAAUGGUAAGAUCACUUCACAUCCUGCAGAAAACAAAGAAAAGAUCAAACCAUCAGUCAUGGUAGGUUCUACUUCCACACAGCUUUCCACACAGGCUGAUACCAAUUUUCCAGCCUUUACAUCUGUAGAAUUUAGAUUGCCUGAUAACAAGGUGCAUCCAUUGGAACAGCCUUUAAAUGAUGAACCCGUACAAUCUCAGCCAACUGAUGUUAGCAACGCUAACAGGAGUGCUCUUCGGGAAGAAGAUUCUUUGGAUAAACUCCAUGCUAUAUGUGGCCAACAUUGUCCAAUACUGAUGGUGACAGUAACACCAAUUAAUGAGCAACAGAGAGGAUAUGCUUACCAAAAGGCAUCUGAUAUUGAGAACCAGCUGGGUCCGUGUUUCUUGGCCAAAAAGAGUGAACAUUUACAAUGGUCAGGUGAAGAUUUAGUAACAGAUGAAAAUAAUCAUGUGACUCUGAAGAACAACUGUAUCAAUAAGAUUGCCAAUAAUAUUUUUAAUAGGUUUUAUGCUAAUAACACCUUAGAUUUUAUUAGUAACUUUGGAAUACUUGCAUCUUCAACUCUGAAAGACACAAUCAGUUUAGGGAAGUUACAUGUUAUAGAGGAUAUGAACGUUAAUACUGGAAACAUAGGAUAUCUCUACAAAAUACGCAUAGGACAUACGAAUGCAGGUGACUAUCCUGCCUGGCACUGUGAAGAGGUAAAAGCAAUAAGAAAGUAUUUUAUCUUUCCAAAAGCAGUCACUAUGACAGUGGAGUCAAAAUAUGAGUCAGUAGAAAAUCCUUGUGAUAAGUAUAUCAGCCUCAUCAAAUGCUUGCAGCUUCAUUUAAGAGAUUAUUUAUGA